CGUUUUUGGAAAGGGGUAUAAAGAGGGACGCUACCGAGAGCCGAUACACAGAGAAAGUGAAAUACUUUUACCUCUGCACGGCAGGAAAAAGAUCACAAAGCGAAGAUGAAACUUCCUAUUGCUAUCGCAGUGUUGGUUUUGGUGCUGGCGGCCAACACAGAGGCCCAGGACGCUGUGGAACCAACGCUGGAAGAGCGCUUCACAAAAUUCGGAGAACAGAUGCAAACACUGGCCGACACCAUCAAAACAAAGACCAUGGCGACCGUCGGAGAUAUUCACGAUAGUCAAUUUGCUACUGAUACCAGGAAAUGGUUCACUGAGGCAUUUGGCACCAUGAAGGACAAGCUGGAAGACGUCUUUAAGCAGCAGUAAUAAGCCACAGCCCUGAUGUGCUACGCCUGUCCUCCAUUUGCUUGUUCCAUCAUCUUCCUUUCUCUGUUAUACUCUUUUGUUGAUCUUCCUGCCGUUGCUGAAGGUUCCUGGUGAAAAAAGCCAACUCAAUUUAAGCAAUAAAAGUCAAUCUGUAACAAGAAACAA